AUGCCAAUCGUUAAAUCUUUCACCUGCAGGUGUAGAGUAGCAAAUCCAAUAUCUAAGAAUAGCUAAGGACACACAUCGCACCACACACAUCCACCUGUUGUUUGUGUCUUAGGGACUUGUGGCAGUAAGGUCAUCUCGUUCGUUACUUGGGGCUGUUUAGACAGAGACCCCCGAGUUCAAGUAUGCGCACACACACUGAACUAAUUGUGCACAUAACAAGUCAACGACGACAAGAGCAACAGCAACAGCAACAAUGUCAGUGCCAAGAAUAGCAGCGAACAGAUCUUAAAGAGCAACAACAAGGCAGACACUUGUAGAGAACCACAACAAGAGACAACAAUUAGCAGAAAUCCCCCAACUGGAAACUGAAGGAUCUGAUAACAAGCUGUUCAAGUUGGGCUCUGGGCUGCCUGCUUGUGUCUCUCACAUUUUUCAAGCGAUACAGAAACAGGUGUGCUUACUACACAGACACCAGCAAAAGUUCAACGCAAAAAGGAUACUUUGACUAGCCAGGCCACAAUUUAUUUCAAAUGGCAGUACUGCCAAACAAGGACCAAGGACGUCUGCACCCGACCAGCAUCCAAGCGUUUCUGAUAACACAACAGUCACAACAGUGCCAGAUGCUGAUUGGCAUAAAUUGAGGGUGAGAGACACGAAGAGAGGGAACAAGAGAGAGAGGGAGAGAACAGCCUCAACUGUGCUCUGAGUAUUUCCUUCAAGUAUCUGCUGCGUUUAGGCAUAAAAUGAGUGGCGCCAUCUAUUCCAAUGAAAUCGAUAAUUCCUAUGCCGCUGCGGGAGCAGCAGCAGCUGGCAUCGAAGCUGAUAUUGGCUUUGAUGCUGAUGCUGAUGUUGAUGCCGAUGCCGUUGCCGAUGACGUUGAUGUUGAAAAGUCUGGCAAUGAUUACGUCAUUGCCAUGGGGCAGGGGCAGAACACAACGAAGGACAAAAAUGAGAGAGCAGAGCCAAAAUCAAGGGAAACAACCGCCUCUCCGAUUGCCACAACGAAUGGCAGACAACAACUAAUGAAUGCAAAAACACAAGAUUUAUUAUCCUUAUCGCAGCUUAGCUCGCACCAAGCAUCGACACUGAGAACACCAGCAGCAGCCGGAGCAGCAGCAAAUGUGGCGCAACAUGAGAAGAGCACAUCAAGUCUGAAAAACUCCAUCAGCAGCAACGGUGGCACAUUUCAACAAAUUGGUUCCCAACGCAUCAAUGGAAAUGUACCAGAAACUACGGCAACCAUUGCCAGUGUUAGUUCGAGUUCGUUUCAACAGGUUACCAGCGCCAUCAAUGGAUUCCUGGCAUCGCCAACCCCAUCGACAGCAUCCGGAUCGGAUAAAUCUCAUAUACGCACCUCCGCCAAGAAAGUGGAGAGUCGAUAUGUAUUGCCGAAGCAGCAGAAAACCGAUGCACCAAUGUUGAACUAUAUCUUCGAUACAUUCUCAUCGGCCAACAAACAUCAUCAUCAUGAUCAGCGUUACGGGCCACAUUUUGAGGACGUGCAACGCGUUGGACAACCAACAAAUAUGACUGUGCAGGCUGGCAGCAGCAUUCAUUUAAAUUGCAGAAUAUCAUUGCUGCAAGAUAAGACUGUUUCCUGGGUGCGUCGUAAUACGCUAAACGAGGAGAAUGCUUUGGACCUAUUAACUGUUGGCCUGCACGCUUACACCGGCGAUAAGCGUUAUAAAAUGGAAUUUCAGUAUCCCAACAAUUGGCGACUGAAAAUUGGGAAUGUGAAGAAGGACGAUGAGGCGACCUAUGAAUGCCAGAUCUCAACGCAUCCGCCUCGCGUCAUACAAAUUAAUUUGCAUGUGAACGCGCCCAAGGUGAUGAUUGUGGAUGAGUAUGGGGAUCCAUUGCAAGAGAAAUACUAUGAAAUUGAUUCAACGCUGCAGUUAUCCUGUGUGGUCCGCAAUGUGGCCAUGACCAGUUCGGUUGUAUUUUGGAAGCAUAGCGAAAAUGUGCUCAACUAUGAUGUAACACGAGGUGGUGUAAGUGUUAAAACUGAACUGAUGGAGGAUGGGGCAAAUUCAACAUUGUCGAUUGCCAAAAUACACAAAGCUGAUUCGGGAAACUAUACUUGCUCAAUAAGUGAAUAUCAAAAUUUUACCAUUGUAGUGCAUAUACUAAACGGCGAAAGUUUUGCCGAGCUGCAUCAUGGUGGUGCAGGUGUUGCACUUGCAACGUGGCAAUAUAUAAUUGGACUGUACUUCCUGCUGCUAAUACGAUGGAUCGCAAGUAGUACAGUGUUCACAUAUAGGUAAAGUUAACAAAAUUGGAACACCAGACGCCUACAUUUUUAUAUAUGGAUAAGUACAUGAAUAAAUGAAUGAAUUUAGGCAUUAAUUGUUCUCAAGGUAGUCGGUCAUCUUAUGUACAUUUUUGUUAAUUAAUUGUAAAGAAUUUGGAUAGGCAUUACUUAGCAAAGAAGUUAUUAGAAAUAACUAAAAACUAAGUUUAAAUCGAAACAAAAUAAACUGAAUUGUUGUUGUAAGCAAGUACUGUAAGUAUAAAUGCCUAUUGAAAUGAUAUAUAAAAUGUAUUAAUUACUCUUGAUUCAUUUUCGUUAGCAUCAAUUUGUACAUGUAAAAGCACACAUAAAGUUAAUGUUAAUAACUAAGUCAACUAAUUGCGUUUGGCGCAAAUGCUGCCAUCGAAUUUCCAUGCAAAAUUACAAAAUCAAAAAACCCCGCAUAUGAGAAUUAAAACCAAAAAUAAAUACAGGAAUGUAAGAUAACAUAUGAGCAAACGAUUGUGGUCUGGGCUUUUAUAAAAACCAAAUAAAUAAAGUACACACAUACAAUACAUAUUGCAAGCCCA